GACGACUAGUUUCUGCCUUUGUGGCCUUUUGGCUUUGCUUCUUCUCGAGGCCUCCACUUCCUGCCCUUUCCAACAACAUCAUCGAUUCAUUUCAUUGCCAGCAGCAACAGCAACCAACUAGCAGCUAGUGCUACGACCUGCAACCAAGCAAGCAAGCAAGCUCUCUCUCCCAUUCCCUCCUCAAGCAAAGCAACAUCCAUCUCCCUCUGCUUGCCGGCAUCUGGUCUGCAGCUGCAGUUGGAAUCGGCCGCGGCUUCUUCGAUCUCACCCAUAUUAUCAUAAUUAUUGUUAAUCCACACGUACAGCGCCCGGCCGGGAUGGCAGAUGCGAUCAAGCAGAAUGAAGUUGGAUCAUUUCCUCCUGGGAAGAAGAUAACUGUUGUGUUUGUCAUAGGUGGCCCUGGCAGUGGCAAGGGUACUCAGUGUUCCAAGAUCGUCAAACACUUUGGCUUCACCCAUCUCAGCGCUGGCGAUCUUCUGCGUGAGGAAGCUAAAUAUGACACUGAACAGGGCAUGAUGAUAAAGAAUACGAUGCAUGAAGGAAAGCUCGUGCCAUCAGAGCUAAUCGUCAAGCUACUGUUGAAGGCCAUGCUUCAAAGUGGAAAUGAUAAGUUCCUUGUUGAUGGAUUUCCUCGAAAUGAAGAGAACCGUCAAGCGUAUGACAGCAUCAUUAGCAUUGAACCUGAGUUUGUACUGUUCAUCGACUGCCCAAAGGAAGAGAUGGAGCGUCGCAUUCUAAACCGAAAUCAGGGGAGAGAUGAUGACAACAUUGACACCGCAAGGAGGCGCUUUGAAGUUUUCCGGGAGUCGACUAUGCCUGUUGUUCAGUAUUAUGAGAAAAGGGGGAAACUUAGAAGGGUUGAUGGUGCUAAAUCCGUUGAUGAGGUUUUUGAAGAUGUGAAGGCCAUAUUUGUGCAGCUGAACACCCAGGCAAACCAAGGUGGCAAUGUGAGCAGUGCACAGAGCAAUCCAUUCAAGCGGUUCCUUGACCUAUUCUGUGGAUGCUUUGGGACGCAGGAGGCAACAAACUGACCCAAAUGGGAUGAUUGUGUGGUAGUGGGGUGUGUGUGUGUGUGUAUAUAUAUAUAUAUAUAUCCUUGCUCAGUCCUCAAGGCUGGAGCAACAUACAGAAAAGAUUCAGAAAACAUUUGCUGUGGCUUAAGUGUUGUGAACCAUCCAUUGCCAGAGUGUUAUGUAAAACUAGAAAAGAAACAGUUGGCUGAAAAGAGAAUGGCCUUGCGCAGCUGCACAUGUUAGAUGUCCUUGUUGCUUCAGUCCUGGAGGCUGCUGCAGCAGGAGUCUUGUAGUGCUGGAGUUGAGAAGUGUGUCGUCUGGGAUUGUUCAGCUUGGCGCAUCCACUCCCAGCUGAGAUUUGUGAAGGUUUAGCUUGUUGAUGGAUCGGAUUUGAUUUCUUUCCCAA